CACACAAACCAUGCUUAAGCUACGUUUAACAGGUCAAACAUCAGAAAUAGGUUAACGUGGUCUAUUAUUAGUACACAUAUAGUUAUCAGGAUUAUUGCCAGAAUGGCUCAUUAUCGCACAAAUGUGAAAAUCGGAAACUGGAACGAGGACCUGCGCUUAGAAGAGGAUGCAAAGAAAGAGUAUCUGGAGAAAAAAGAGAGGGGUGAGCUUGCUGCCCAGAAAGUAGACUUCCUCAAACAGAACAUUUUGAAACCGGUGAAUCUAACUGUGACAAAGGAUGGAAGAUUGCACUUUGGGGAUGUUGUGAUGUUGGUGAACAUGGGAGGAGAAAAGAGGGAGCGCAGUGCAGUGAGCAUUAAUGCAGACAUUAACAGUUUGACGAGGAUUCUUUCGGCUGGCAUUCUAGCCCCGUGUGAAGUUAUUGCAGGAAGAGGUAUUCAGGCCUGCACGCGCACUGCCUUCAUCAUUACCAGUGUAGAUGGCAGUCCUGAAGGGUCGACUCUUCAUUUUGAGCAACGUUUUGCCCUGAAAACAACAACUGGCUUUGCCGGGGGACUUUACUUGACGAGUGACCUGCGAAGUUUUCAAAAGUGUGCGAAGAAGUCCCGGCUACAAGAAGUAAACUUAGAAGAUGGCGGUUCCUUUCUGUCAUGGUGGAAGAUAGUCUACUUUGACCCCCAAGAGAGGCUUGAAUAUGAGGAUCAGCCGGUUCCUGCUAAUAUGAGCGUGCUGGUCAUACACUGCAAGACAAACCAGGCUCUUGCUGUUCUGGGUGAACAUGUGCUUUGGACCACAUAUGGCAAAGAGUACGAGAUGACGGCUCACACCUUCCUGGAUUCCCACAAAGUCGAGCAAGACAACAACCACUGGAUACUGUGCACCUCUGACCCAGCUGGGAACGGCCUCGUACUUCUCAAACACCCACAGUUAGCGGCCGACGACAAGGAGCUCACACAGGCAAACCCUGGCAUCUAAAUCUAACACACUCCACUCUCAUGCUGUAACAUGUAGGGCAGAUACAGACUAUAUCAUUAACAACACCUACACUUUAACGUUCUAAAAAUAAAGUUUUUUUUGUGUUCUGUU